GGUGUUAACAGCUAGGAAGUCAUGUCCCGAUCGGGCGAUAGAACAUCCACCUUUGACCCGACUCACAGUGAUACCCUGCUGCACGGACUCAAUCUCCUGUGGAGGAAGCAGCUUUUCUGCGACGUGACGCUCACAGCCCAGGGCCAGCAGUUCCACUGCCACAAAGCAGUGCUGGCGUCCUGCUCCCAGUACUUUAGGUCUCUCUUCUCCAGUCACCCACUCAACAAUGAGGGGAUUUCGAGCAAGGACCAGGGGAGCAGUGGCACCCCCUCCUCCUCUCCUGAUGAAAAGCUUUUGGCAAGCCCCAGAUCCAUUAACAACCUGGUGCUACAGGGCUGCUCCUCCAUUGGACUAAGGCUAGUGCUUGAGUACCUAUACACUGCCAACGUGACCCUCUCCCUUGACACCGUGGAAGAGGUCCUCUCCGUCAGCAAGAUCCUCAACAUUCCUCAGAUCACCAAGCUCAGCGUUCAGUUUCUCAACGACCAGAUCUCCGUGCAGAACUACAAACAGAUCUGCAAGAUUGCGGCACUCCACGGCUUAGACGAGACCAAGAAGCUGGCCAACAAAUACCUGGUGGAGGACGUGCUGCUGCUGAACUUCGAGGAGAUGUGCGCCAUGCUGGACGCACUGCCGCCCCCCGUGGAGUCGGAGUUGGCGCUCUUCCAGAUGUCGGUACUGUGGCUGGAGCAUGACCGGGAAACGAGAAUGCAUUACGCCCCGGAUCUGAUGAAGAGGCUGCGCUUUGCGCUCAUCCCUGCCCCCGAGCUGGUGGAGAGGGUGCAGUCUGUUGACUUUAUGAGAAGCGACCCCGUCUGCCAGAAGUUGCUUUUGGAUGCCAUGAACUAUCACCUCAUGCCCUUCAGGCAGCACUGCAGACAGAGCAUAGCCAGCAGAAUUCGCUCGAAUAAAAGAAUGUUGUUGCUGGUUGGUGGCCUACCUCCUGGACCGGAUCGACUCCCCAGUAAUUUGGUCCAGUACUAUGAUGAUGAAAAGAAGACCUGGAAGAUCCUAACAAUAAUGCCUUAUAACAGUGCUCAUCACUGUGUUGUGGAAGUGGAGAACUUUCUCUUAUUGAUUGGUGGAGAGGACCAGUGGAACCCCAAUGGCAAACACAGCACUAACUUUGUGAGCCGUUACGACCCAAGAUUCAAUAGCUGGAUACAGCUUCCACCAAUGCAGGAAAGGAGGGCCAGUUUCUUUGCCUGUUGCCUGGACAAGCACCUGUACGUGAUAGGCGGGAGGAAUGAGACGGGGUACCUGUCCAGCGUGGAGUCCUACAACCUGGAGACCAAUGAGUGGAACUAUGUCUCCUCCUUGCCCCAGCCCCUGGCUGCCCAUGCGGGAGCUGUGCACAAUGGGAAGAUAUACAUUUCAGGGGGAGUCCACAAUGGGGAGUAUGUGUCCUGGCUGUACUGCUAUGACCCGCUGAUGGACGUGUGGGCCAGGAAGCAGGACAUGAACACGAAGCGUGCCAUUCACGUGCUGGCAGGAUUGAAUGACCGUCUCUAUGCCAUCGGCGGAAACCAUUUGAAAGGGUUUUCACACCUUGAUGUAAUGUUGGUGGAGUGCUAUGACCCAAAAGGAGAUCAGUGGAACAUUCUUCACACUCCCAUUUUAGAGGGCCGUAGUGGGCCCGGGUGCGCCGUGCUGGAAGAUAGCAUUUUCCUGGUUGGCGGCUACAGUUGGAGCAUGGGAGCGUACAAGUCCUCCACCAUCUGCUACAGUCCGGAGAAAGCCACGUGGACUGAGCUCGAGGGAGACGUGGCAGAACCUCUGGCUGGCCCAGCCUGUGCCACUGUCAUACUGCCAGCCUGCCUGCCAUUUAACAAGUAA